AUGCCGCCCAGCCGGGCGUUGCCUCGUCAGGGCAGUCUCACGGACGCCCUCCUCGCGCGCGACAUCUCCUGUCGCUUGACUGCUACCGUCGAAGGCACCGAGCACGUCCAUCUCUUCCCGCUUUUCGAUCAACGUCGUUUCGCCACCACUCUCUCAAGACCUUGCCUGUUGCUAGCGACAGCGCAGCGACAGCGCAGCGACAGCGCAGCGACACACGGACUGGCUGUACAUCUGUUUUCCCCCGGCUUGUCCGAGCAGUUUGCCAAACUCUACCAUGGUGUCGCUUUGCAACCCUUAUAUGGCGUCGCGCCCGAGUACUUGUUCGCACGCUUUGCCUGGACCGUUUUUGCUUACUCGGCUCAGUUUCUGGAGCAAGGUACCAACAGAGCCCUCUAUAUUGUACACGAUGGCGAGACGUCUGAUCAAGAGGUCAACGCAGACCAAUGCAUGCAACUUUACUUCAGCUGCAAGUCUCGAAGUCUCAGUCCUUCGAAACGCGAGCGCGAUAAUGGAGGCUCCGUCCAGGAGCGCGAGUGCGAUGCUAAAGGACAAGAAGACGAAGAUGAAGACGAAGAUGAAGACGAAGAUGAAGACGAAGAUGAAGACGAAGAUGAAGACGAAGAUGAAGACGAAGAUGAAGACGAAGAUGAAGACGAGGGUCGAUACAGAGGACGUGCCAGACUGCGUAGCCCGAGUCGUCUUGCAGCUUCCGAGUCUACAGCAUUCCAAGCGCUGCUCGCAGUCACAGACACCACUUCUACGGUCACCCAUGACCUUGACGCUCCAUCUUCUGCUGACCCUCGUGCUGCCGUGUAA